AAAGCUCUCCAAUUUGUCUUUUCUUUUUCUUUCUUGUCGAGAAAAUUAUCAUUUGUUUGUACAUGAAAAUUAUCAGAUUCACUUCACUCUUACAAAUUUUAUUUGCAUAAAUUAGAACAAUUUCGUUUUUUCUCCAUUUUCAGGAGAGAGUUUGGUUGUUUUCUCUUUUCAUUUUCUUUCCUGUCCAUAAAUCAUGGCAGCGGAAGUGGUCGGUGGAGCUCUUCUCUCUGCUCUGUUUCAAGGCAUUUUUGAAAGAAUGGAUUCUCGGGAGGUUUUAGACUUUUUUCGGGCAAAGAAGUUGAACAGUAACAUGCUUAAGAAGUUAAAGAUCAAGUUACGGUCAGCUAAUGCAGUUGUCAGUUAUGCGGAGGGGAUGCAAACCAGAAACCCAGCUGUAAAGGAGUGGCUUGAUGAACUCAAAGAAACAAUUGAUGAAUUAGAGAACUUGAUAGAUGAGAUCAAAACUGAAAUUUUGGUAAGCAAGUGGAAAGAUCAGCAUGAAAGCAGCUAUGUACACCAGGUACUUUCAUUUAUUUCAACUUCAUUCACUGCCCAAGUAGAUCCCAAGAUAGAGGGUGUGCUAGAUAGACUAGAACUCAUUUUAAGCCAAAUGGAUGUCCUCGGUUUAAAACAAGUUCAAAAUAGGCCAUUUAGAUCAUUACCUUCUCCACUGGUGGAGGAAUCUGAUAUUUUGGGUAGGAUUUCUGACAAGAAUGCCAUAGUUCAGUUGUUGAUUUCGGAUGAUGCUUGUUUUACUAAAAUUAGUGUGAUUCCAAUCGUGGGGAUGGCUGGGAUUGGUAAGACAAGUCUUGCUCAGCUUGUUUAUAAUGAUGAAAGAGUGAAAGAACAUUUUAACAUUAGAGCAUGGGUUACUAUUUCAGAUGUCUUUGAUGUAUUUAAAGUAACCAAGACGCUCUUUGAUAAUGUUUCUAAGUCAGGGAUAUUGCCUCUUGGAUACAAUUUGGAGAGUGAAGAUCCUUUUGAUACCAAUGACUUCUAUCAACUUCAAGUUAAUUUGAAGAAUGUUUUGGCAAACAAAAAGUUUUUUUUUGUUCUCGAUGAUAUUUGGAAUGAGAAUUAUGAUAAAUGGGAUUGUCUGAAAAGUUCUUUUGAAUCUGGAGCUUGUGGAAGUAAAAUUUUGGCAACUACCCGAAAUGAUAUUGUGGCAUCGAAGAUGGGCAACGUUGCAAGUUAUCAUUUGCAAGCAAUAUCAAGUGAAGACUGUUGGUCAUUAUUUGUGAAGCACGCCUUCGGAAAUGCGGAAAAGUUAGAACAACAUCCAAAUUUGGAAAUAAUUGGUAGGCAAAUAAUUGAAAAGUGUAAUAAUCUUCCUUUGGCAGUGAAAUCAUUGGCAGGUCUCUUGCGCGCUGAAUUAGAUCCAAGAAAAUGGAAAAGCAUGCUUAAAAGUGACAUAUGGGAGUUUUCUGAAAGAGAAAGUAACAUUCUUCCAGCUCUAUGGUUAAGCUAUCAUUAUUUACCAGCACAUUUGAAGAGAUGUUUCGCAUAUUGUUCAAUAUUUCCUAAACAUUUUGAAUUCGCAAAAGAAACUUUAGUCUUGUUGUGGAUGGCAGAAGAUCUCUUGCAACCUGAGAAAGGGAAAAUGAUAGAAGAUGUUGGAGAAGAAUACUUCGACCAUCUAUUGUCUAGAUCAUUGAUUCAAAGAUCAAGACGUGAUACAUCACUUUUCCUCAUGCAUGAUCUUGUGAAUGACUUAGCUAGGUUUGUCUUGGGAAAAUUUUGUUGUAGGCUGGAACAUGAUGACUUGAGUAGCAUUGGAAGCAACACUAUUCAUCAUUUGUCAUAUGAAAAAAAUAAUAUUGACAGUGUUGUGAAAUUUGUCACUUGUGCUGAAUUAACAUCUCUGCGUACAUUUCUGCCAUUAGGAAGCCGAAAGGUGGGUGAAGUGCUCAUAUGGAACAAUUCAGUGUUGGAUGAACUAUUGUCAUCAGCUCAAUACUUGCGAGUUCUCUCUCUUUCUCAAUACCCUAUCACAGAAUUACCUAAUUCUAUUGGCAAUUUAAAGCAUUUAAGGUACUUGAAUUUGUCUUCAACUGAUCUCACAUUGAUGCCUAAUGAGAUUUGUUCUUUGUUCAACUUGCAAACAUUACUGCUGUUGAGUUGUCAGUAUCUCACUCAAUUGCCUGUUUAUGUGGGAAGCCUGAUCAAUUUGCGUCAUCUUGACAUUAGAGGAACAAAGAUAAAAGAGAUGCCAGAAGGAAUGUCUAGUUUGAAAGAUCUGCAGACGUUGACUGAUUUUGUUUUGAGAGAACACAAUGCUUCCAACAUUAAAGAUUUGAAAGAGCUCAAUCAGCUGCGUGGAAGACUUCGGAUUACUGGGAUUGAAAACAUUAUUCUUGUCAAAGAUGUUUUAGAAGCCAAUUUGAAGGAAAAAGAAUAUCUUAAUGAGAUUAGUUUUGUUUCACUUGGUUCUGCCGAUGAUUCGCGUAAAGAGAAAGAAAUACUUGAUGGGCUCCAACCACACAAAAACUUAGAGAACCUUGUCAUAAAAGGUUACAAAGGUACAACCUUUCCAAAUUGGGUGGGGCACCAUUCAUUUUCUAAUAUGGUAACAAUAAGGCUAGAUGGUUGUAUAAAUUGUUGCUUCUUGCCACCGCUUGGGCAGUUACCUUCCCUCAAAGUGCUCUUUAUAUUUCAUUUUCCUAUGGUGAGGAGUAUAGGUGAUGAAUUUUAUUCAAAUGGUUUUCCUCUGUCUCAUCCUUUUAGAUCCUUAGAAAAAUUAGUUUUUCGUCAUAUGCUAGAAUGGCAAGAGUGGUUUUCUCCUAGAGAUAAUGAAGGUGAAAAUUUUCCUUGUCUUAGAGAGCUUCGCUUGGAAUAUUGUCCCAAACUAAUUGGAAGUCUACCUCAUAAAACAAUAGAUUUUCUCAUAAUUAAGCAAUGCAAUAAAUUAGUUAGUCAUUGAUGUAUCCAUUACAAGUUAGAAGGCAAGAGUUUGCAUAAAUGUAUUGGCUUUACAUGGCGAUUUUUUUUCCAUGAGAAAGCCUCCAAAUGAGAUUGAACGUAGUUCCUUCUACUGAUCCAAAUUUGUAACAUGGAUUUUUAUCAAGAAUAAAGCUUUUUUA